CCGCAUAAUGAGAUAAACUGUAGCUUGUGUAGCAACGACCCAGCCGCUGCAACAACACAUGACAACCCGCACAGACAGCGCGCCACGACACACACAGUGCACGUACACACAGUAAUUCAAUCGUUCGGUCGGUCGGUUUUUGGAGUUUAAAAACCACAUUUCGGUGGAAAUUGUGCUGGAAAAAAUACCAUCAAAAUGAUGAAUACAUCGAUGCCGAACUCCACAUCGUGGAAUAUCAAAAGAAGACGAGAUUUCAGCCAGUUGAAGCCGGGUACAGAACUUCCGGGGUAUCGAGGCUAUAUCGAGCAGUACAAAUACCAUGUCGGCGACACUUAUGGCAAUGCAACAAACAAGUUAUCUGAGAACUGGAGGACAAGACAUUCAGCAAACUCGACCAUCUCACCACAUAACUACUUUGACUCAAAGACGACAUUUGUUGGUACUGGCCUGAGCGGUCCAAACGAUGUGGAAGGGAGCGGAACCAGACGAGAUUUGAAACUUCCUAAAUCAACAGGAGAUAAUAAACUGACGGAGAAGAUGGUCCCUGGUUAUACAGGAUAUAUACCAAGAAUGCCGUUUAAAUUUGGCAAUACCUACAAGGAAGAUUGCGACGUCUGCAUUGAUGACUUCAUGAGGAACACGCAAGAGCAUGACACCAAAGUACACACACUGAGGAAAGCACAGACACAGAUCAAGCAGUUACGACCAAUGGCUGGUGAGGAUACAGUCAUUAAGAGACUCAAUCAGUACAGAGACAGACAUCCAACCUCAAAAAUAAUGCUUGAGGACAAGCGUGAAUCCAGAGAAGCCCCCAUCCCAGGCUACAAGGGGUUCAUCCCGAGACAAGGGGUAUCAGAACUAGGGCUUGGAGCUCGGUACAACACUAUUUGUGAUAAGUCGCUCAAUACCUUCUACGACGAGACAGAAAGACACGCUGGUAACAUCGGAAGGUCUUAUGUCCCUAAGACGACCCUCCCGGAUGACCAGGCCAAGGCUAGCAUCCAACUAACUAGUGAAAACAGGGAUGUCUUAAUGCAGAGAAGGCUUUAUAAGAAUAUCGGAAUGGUCCCUAAAUACACAGGAUACCUGCCACAAAUUCGCUUCCAGUUUGGUCACACCUACGGCGAUACAACACGUUCCCUGCCAGUAUGCUUCCAUGACCAGCCAACCUAUGGUCAACAUAUAUCAACCGUCCAACAAUCCGUUUGAAGAGGUCAUUGGAUCAAAAGUGGGAACAGAUCUAGGUCAGUUGACACAGGGGAGGGUGUAGGAUACGCAAGUAAUGACUGCAGAAGGCCAAAGAUGACUUCCAAGAAGGCGUUUGUAUAUAUUCCUCGAUGGUUGAGAAACUUGUGUAAAUCUGGUUGGAACAUUAAUUUGUGGUUAUACAGAAACUUCAACGAGGGAAGUCUGCUUCAGCCAUUCAAAAAUGCCCAAACACUCUCGUUGUUUUUUAUUAGAGAAUGUCAAACAAAUGUUCACUGCCGCGCUUGGUUUAAAGUUUUAAAACCAUUUUUUUGUAUUAUAUAAAAUUGGCUUGAAAAUGAGUGGUGCUUUGUAGAAACAUAUUUUGAGAAAUAAAGAUAGACACAGAAAACGCCAUUUGAUGCUACAUGUAUGGUGUACCCACCGCUUAACACAAUAAUACACUAGUAUAGAGUACAAACAUAAAAUACUUCAAUUAAAACAGAUUUUUUUUCAACACUUUCUGUGUUUGACAUUAAAUUGUAACUCCAGAAUAACGUUUGCUUUAUCAUACAGUUUUGUUCAGGUUUUUACUCACAAACAUCACCAUUAUAUUCACUUCAACCAAUCUCCCAAAAAA